UGAAUUCCGAACUCAGUCGUGUCACAGACUAGACGCGGGGACGGAAAGCGCGCGAAACUGCCGAUUUGUUUUUUUCUUUUUUUUUAAUUCGGUGUAAGGAUGAAGUACCUGGUUGUCGUUGCCGUCUUUGCUCUGGCGUUUGCCGCCGAGGAGAAGGAGGAAGAAAGGCCCAAAACCUUCAGGAGGCUGAUCCCCGCUGAUGUGUUAAGAGACUUCCCGGGCAUGUGUUUCGCGUCGACCCGCUGCGCGACAGUAGAGCCUGGUAACACCUGGGACCUGGCCCCGUUCUGUGGCCGUAGCACUUGCGUCGUCAGCGAAGACACUCCUCCUCGUCUACUCGAGCUGGUCGAGGACUGCGGACCUCUCCCUCUGGCCAACCCCAAAUGCAAGCUGGAUACCGAGAAGACCAAUAAGACUGCGCCGUUCCCCGGCUGCUGUCCGAUCUUCACCUGCGAAGAGGGAGCCAAGCUGGAGUACCCCGAACUCCCCACUCCACCCCCAGAAGAAGAGAAGAAAGAGGAAGAAAAGAAAGACGCCAAGGCUUAAAUUAAAAAGUAAAAAUUAAAACGAUUACUCCCACUGGACGCUGACGUUUCUAAGUUCUAUGUUUAAAUUUUAAAAAGAAAGUGUUAAAUGCCAGUUCACAGUGAUGAGACGACUAAUGCUAGUAAAAGAAAAAGAAAAUGUAAAAAACUGAGAUAUGAACUGGUUGAAAAUAUGAAAUCAGCGUUCGUUUUAGAUAAUGAGUGGGAGAUAUUGGUCUCAAAAAACCAAAUUCUAAUUUUAUACCAGUCAAAUUUUACCGUUAAAAAUAGUGAUUUUUAUACUUUCUAAACUGCCAGCUGUGACUAACAGAUUACAAUGGUGUUCCAAAUUCAAAAGCAACAUCCGACUUCCUGUUCUUUAUUCGAAAUUCAGAUAAAAUAACUGUGACGAAUAUCAGUUACUAUUUUCAUUGUUACUUUGACAAAGAGUGUAAUGUAUUAAAAAGAUCGAUAAAAGUACCUAAGUAUGAGUGUAUAGAUCGCAAUUUUUUUUACAAAUGUAAUUUUUUAGAAGUAUCGGCUUUUUUACUUGAAUACCUGCCUACUAUAAUGUUUGUGAUAUUGAUUAUAAUUAUAGAAAAGAUAUUCAAUAAAAAAUACAAAAUUUCUAA